ACGCAGUGACGAUUCGCGUAGCGUGACAAGUCGCGUCAAAGCAUUGAUGGUCGAUAGGCCUUUGACCUUGCCAAAAGCCAAUCUCUCUCGACACCACCUUUUCUUAAUAAAGUAUACCACUACGCUAGCGAUACCUCCUUAAUCUUCACUCCUUCCUUCGCGCAAUGGGUGUCCAAGGCUUAUGGGAUGUAAUUGCCAAAGCUGGACAUUCACGUUCACUCACACAUAUGGCCGUUGUCGACGGUUUCGAGCGAAACGAAUCCGGACGGCGUGCACUACGUGUAGGCAUCGACGCCAGUUUAUGGUACGAGCAUGCACGAUUCAGCAAGGGCGGGGAGAACCCGGAACUCCGCAUGCUUUUCUUUCGUAUACGUAGUCUUCUGGAGUUGCCCAUUAUUCCAUUAUUCGUAUUCGAUGGGCGGGAAAGACCUAGAGUCAAACGAGGAAGCAAAUUGGGGAAAUCUGGGUCUCAUAAUCUCACCGCUAAAUUGAAAGAGUUGUUGGGUAUAUAUGGGAUUGAGUGGAGGAUGGCUCGCGGAGAAGCAGAGGCGGAACUGGCAUUUCUGAAUAGAGUCGGUGUCAUCGACGCCAUAAUGACCGACGAUGUCGAUGCGCUUAUGUUUGGGGCCAAAACGAUCAUUAGAAAUGUGAGUUUGACACUUUCAGGCAAUAAAUCCGCACCAGCACUUGACUGCGAAGGCAAAGCCAGCAAGCAUCAUGUCAAAGUCUACAAUGCAGAAGAUAUCCGGACCAACCUUAAUGUCGCGCUCACCAAGGGCGGGAUGUUUCUCUUCGCACUCUUGUCUGGAGGGGAUUAUGGCAAUGGUAUAAGAGGAUGUGGACCACAAAUCGCACACGGACUUGCGAGAUGUGGCUUCGGCGAUCGUUUGAUUCAGGCGUACGAGGACAUGGGACCUCGAGGCAUCCAAGCGUUCUUACCACAAUGGAGAACCGAAAUCAGCAAUGAACUACAUACCAAUUCUAGCGGACUCCUACCACAUCGAUGUCCAUCCAUAGUCCUUCCCGAUGAUUUCCCCGACCUCAAGAUACUCGUAAACUAUGCCUAUCCUAUUUGCAGUGAGACUGCUGGAAGCAGGGGUGGUGUCCUCUUGGACAAAGGCGACCUCAGUAUCCCUCGAUUAGCUGGAUUCUGUGAAGCUCAUUUCGACGAAUGGGGUCAUCGUUCAAGAAUCAUUGAGAGGUUCCGGGACUUGUUAUGGAAAGCCUCACUUAUGCGCGUUCUCCGACGUGCAGCUAUGGAGGCAGAUGAGAAGGAGAAGGAAAAGCGUAUUCGGGCGGGAAGACAUGAUACUAUUAUUCGUGGUGUCUUGAACCCCGCUGUUGACGAGGCCGUCGGAACACCUGCUUCUUUGAUCAAGAGAUGCCUUGAUCCAGUACAAGAAGACCUCCUCGCGUCUGCAUUUGUCAACAGAGGCUCUCAAGCCGGACCAAGUCGUUCUGCAAACAUCCCGGAUCCUCAUCCUUUGAUCACCAAGAUUGUCAGUGUUCGUGAAAACAAAGCCACAGACAAACUCCUCGAAUACAGGAUUGAAAUCGACCCAAAACAAUUCGUGGAUCUAGCCCAUGCUGGGAUUAAGGGUAAACAUCCGGAACCUGAAACUACGCCAGAGUUGAAGAAAGCGCGUCCUGAGUCGCUUGCUACUAUGCGUGUUUGGGUACCGGCUUCAAUGAUGCAGCAAGUGCACCCAGCGCUUGUUCAGGAAUAUCUUGCUGAGAAAACUAACAAGGGGACACGGGGAAAUGAGAGAAGAAAGCGUGCAAGUCGUGCAGAUGAGGAUGGCGGCGAAGAGGACGAUGAAGUUGAACCUGCAAUGCCACCCGCUAUGCCUAAGCCAACGCGCAAACGUGCUCCGGCACAAAGUGCAAUUCCUGCAGUAGACGCGGCUGAGAAUGUGCUGAUGGAACAGCCUGUAGCAUCGUCCAGCAGGGAUCUACAACCUGCACCCUCACGCAGAAUCAUUGAAAUCCCAUGGAACUCACCCUCGUCAUUACCUAUGUGGAACUCUGGCUUCUUUUUCACUUUUCCUAAUCCCGACAAUCCUGAUUUCUUGGCCUGGGACGAGGAUGAGGAGGACGCUGCGCUUACUCCCAGUGGUUCUUCUCAACCUUAUCAGCCACUUGCCAACGUAACCACUGCAAGUGCAGGCUCGAGGACCAAUUCUCCAUCAUCGUCUACUAGUGCAUCAGUUCCGCGAAGGCCGAGUCAUCACCCCACGGAAUCAGAAGACACAGGACCUUGCCAUCGCGCAUUUGAAGACCCGAACGAUGCGGAACUCAGUGAUUCUGAGCCAAAGACGUUCUCUGACCUGUUUAUUGAUAGCAUCUUGGACGGGACUGCUAGGAAGAGGAAAGGCAAGGCGAAGGCUUCUAAACCACGCGAACGGGGCAGGAAAUCUCUGUUAGACGAUUUGGACGAUGUUGUUGAUCAACAUCAGACUAGCACCAAACGACGCAAGACGUCUCAACAAACUCAAUCGGCUCAGCCUUCACAGCCGAGUUCGUCUGUUCGGGGCAACAAUCGCAUAGCGUCGUUCCCUGAAUUGCCUCCAUUGGAUGAUCCGAAUAUGAGACAAAUCAGAGAACCGAGGGGCGCAUGGGACCCAUGGAGCAUUAAUAAUGGUGCAUUUCAGAAUAGAGACGAGGAAAAUUUUGACAUGAAUUUUACUCGAGGGAGAAACUCUCAGGCAUCCGGCUCGAAAGGGUUUGCUCGUGUUCUUCCUCGCAGACGGACAUUCGUUCCACCGACAUCGUCCCAGGAGAGUGGAUUGGCUUCUGACGACUUCCUGGGAGAUGUGGAUACUAUCAUUGACCUGACAUGAUAGGAGAGGACCCUCUUUUUUUUUCGUGAGAGUGAAACUGACAUGGGACAAUGAGCGAUCAUCAACGAAUCACCUCGAUAUCGUAGUAAUACCCACAGGUAGAUAAUGUCAUAUCUGUUACGAUUGUAUUGUUUUGUAGUAGUAAUCACAUGUGUAUUGAAACUGUACAAGGUGUAUGAGGUGAGAGAGGCCUCAGCAAGCAGGAAGCCAGGUAUGACACCUCGAAAGCUCGAAACAUAUGAAGCGAGGCCAAGAGCGACGGUCGGCCUAAAAGAGGAGCGAACGUGCAAAUCAAUCGCGAACACGAUC